AUGCAGUUUAUGAACCAGGAAAUCAAAGAGGAUAAGAAAGUCUGCCAUAGCAUUCAUGAAAUGGUCUGGGUGCGUGCUGCGGAACCUGGUAAGCGGAAGGGGUGGAACAGGGGAGAAGGUGACUGCGGCGGCGUCCGGCGCGGUGGUGGUGCACGGCGUCGCGGUGGCGGCGGAGGGGGGGUAUUAGGGUUAGUGAGAGAGGAAGAGGAUAGGGGAAGGGAGGGUGGUGGUUGCUGCUGGCUGAAGGGGGUGGGUGGCGGAGAGGGGGGGCGUGGCGGUGGAGGGCGGUGGCUGCGGUUGGCAGUGGUGGAGAGGGGGGAAGAGAGGAAGAAGGAAGAAGAGAGAAGGGGAGGGGGUGGUACAGCGGUGGCGGCUGGGCGGCGGCGGCGUCGGGGUGGUGGCGUGGGGGAAGAAGAGGAGAGAAGGGGGAGAGGGUUAGGGGUGAAGGGGGGCUGCGCGACUGAUAGGGUUUAA